UCUCUUUCCGUUUCAUGAAUCACCUCGCCCCUCCCGUUAUUCACCAUGGACGCUCAAAGGGGGUAGCUGGUGUGGAUUUCUAAAGUAAAUUAUCGGACAGUUAUGUGACUGAACCACGUCUAGAGGCACCUCGCCACUGUUCACUUGUACACAACUGUUAUGAGUUAGCCUUGUUUUGGCUGAAAUGCAAGUUAUGUACUCCAAUGGAUUGUCGUCACGCCGUGGAUUUUGUUUCCAAUACCUCAGCAGCUUGGACUUACAACACUGUAGGACGAUGGGAGUACUAGCCUGUUAGCCAGCUAACAAGGCAGAACAGCUACAACUAGAAUUUUGCAGCUGACAAUUUUACAUUGUUUCACUAGAGAGUUCUGACUUAUUUCAAGUGUUUCCCGUGAUCGCUCAUCGGACUGUUCGUAAACUUUCGACGGAGACUAGACUCGCUGAGCCCUUUGGUAUUUCUGUCGCGGAGAAGUAGGAGUCAAUCCAGCCCGUGGUUGCGAGGGUGGCCUGGAAAUCGGUCGGGAAUUUGAGUUCGCAAAUGAAAGUGUGGGGAAGUUUAAAAGACAGAGUAACGUCGCAAGAGACGUUUUCCUUACAGAAGGCUGCCUAUAGGUCCUUACUGUUGAUUUGAGUGAUACCAUGGCAUCUUUUGUAGACAAUAGUUUUCGUCAUGCAGUAAUGAAAAUCCCGGCGGAGAGGACGCAACAGGAUCUUCAAAUUGUGUACUCCUAUCUGCAUGGGAUGGAAGCACUGUCCAAUUUAAGAGAACACCAGCUCAGGUUAAUGUGUGAAACAGUACGAUAUGAACAACAUGAGGCUAAUGAAGUUCUCUACUAUCCUGAUGACAUUGGCAGCUGCUGGUACAUUCUGCUGUCUGGCUCGGUCUUCAUCAAAGAGUCCAUGUUUCUUCCUCGCAGCAGCUUUGGGAAGCGUUCGGCAGGCAGUGCAAGGAGAGGCUGUGAGUGCAUCGUCCUGGAGCCAUCAGAGAUGCUAGUGGUGGACUAUGUGGAUGAGAGCGAAGUGUACUUCCAGCGGCAGGCGUCUCACCGGCAGUCACGUCGCAGGUUUCGCAAGAUCAACCAGAGCGGGGAGAGGGAGACCAUCAUUGACACCGUGGAGCACGAAGACUACCACCUCAGCAGCAGCAGCAGCAGCAGCAGCAAGCCCCCCCUGCCCCACGCCUACCACACAGAGAGUUCCAAACAACAGGUGAGCCCACGUCCCCCAGUGGAUUUCUCUAAGCUCCACCUCUCAGAGAGUAUCCACCCCCAUCUGACCCGCUCCAGCCACUCAGCAUGCAGCUUCACCAGUGAAUCUGGUAGCAGCAGCUUGUCAGACAUUUACCAGUCGACAGAGAGCGAGUGUGGGGAGCUGGACCUGAGCGGGCUGCCAGAGACAGCGGUGGACUCGGAUGAGGAAGAGGAUGACGACGAUGAAGAAGAUGUCAGUCGCUCAGCCGACCCUCUCAUGAGCAGAGAUGUGGUGAGGGACUGCCUGGAAAAGGACCCGAUGGAUCGCACAGACGACGACAUCGAGCAGUUACUGGAGUUCAUGCAGCAGCUGCCAGCCUUUGCCAACUUGAGCGUAUGGGUGCGCAGGGAGCUGUGUGCCGUCAUGGUGUUCGCCGUGGUGGAGCGGGCAGGAACCGUGGUUCUAAACCAUGGGGAGGAGCUGGACUCGUGGUCUGUGAUUCUGAACGGGUCAGUGGAGAUUCUGUACCCUGAUGGCCAGAGUGAGGCUCUGUGUAUGGGGAGCAGUUUUGGCGUGACCCCCUCCAUGGAGAAGGAGCUCAUGUUGGGAGUGAUGAAGACCAAAGUGGAUGACUGCCAGUUUGUGUGCAUCGCACAGCAGGAGUACUGCCACAUUCUCAACCGCGUUGAGCUGAACACACAGCGUGUGGAGGAGGAGGGGGAGAUCGUCAUGGUGAAGGAACACCGUGAUCUCGACCGGACAGGAACACGGAAGGGACAUGUUGUUGUCAAGGGCACAUGUGAGCGCCUGAUGCAGCAUCUGGUGGAGGACCACUCAGUGGUGGAUCCCACCUACAUCGAGGACUUCCUGUUGACCUAUCGCACCUUCCUGCCACGCCCCCUCAGCCUCGGACACAGACUCCUGGAGUGGUUUAAAGAGCCCAGUCUGCGAGACAAGGUCACCCGCGUGGUGCUCAUGUGGGUCAACAAUCACUUCAGUGACUUUGAGGAGGAGGAUGCCAUGAGCGGCUUCCUGGAGGAAUUCCAAAGCUGUUUGGAAAAGGAGAAGAUGACGGGACACUUGCGCCUGUUGAACAUCGCAUGCGCGGCUCAGGCGAAGCCCCGAGUUGUGUGUGUGUCCCGCGCCUCCCGUGACUCAGCCCUGCCCUUCAGCCUGCUGGGCGGGGCCGAGAGAGGGACCCGCCUCUUCAUCAGCGCCGUGGAGGUGGGCAGUAAUGCAGAAGAGGCGGGGCUUAAACGAGGAGACCAGAUUCUGGAGGUGAACGGUCAGACCUUCGAGAGCCUGCUGCUGUCUAAAGCCAUGGAGAUCCUUAAAGGCCAGUUACAACUCACCAUGAGCGUCAAGACCAACCUGCUAGUGUUUAAGGAGCUAGUUUCCAGAGUGUUAGAGGAGAGGAGGAGUGGAGUACCGCACCUGCCAAAGAUCGGUGAUUCACGAAAGAACCGCCUCUCUGUUCCUGACUUGGCCGUAACCCUAGGGGGUGGAGGUCAAGAAAAGGUCAACAGGAAGGCUAAAGCUCACACUGUGGGUGGCCGCAACAAACUCCUCAAGAUUCUGGACAAAACUCGCAUCAGCAUCUUGCCACAGAAGCCAUAUAGUGUGGGACAGUCCCAGGAUGACAGCAUGGUGGGUCUGAAGCAGUCCAAACACUCAUCAUCCACUUUAACAGCCAGCGGAACCCUGUCGCCAAGCAACCCUGACCUGCAGAACCAACAACUAGCUAGUGAGCACACAAACGGCCAUUCAGAUCAAGACCAGGUGUUGCGUGUGUUCAAGGCUGACCAGCAGAGCAGGUACCUGAUGGUUACCAAGGAGACCACUGCUAGAGAGGUGACAAAUCAUGCGAUGAGAGAGUUUGGUCUGAGUGCCCCCCCUGAAGCCUAUUCGCUGUGUGAGGUGACUGUUACACCUGAGGGCGUGACCAAACAGAGACGGCUUCCUGAUCAGCUCAACAAACUUGCUGACAGAAUACAGCUCAGCUCCAGGUACUAUCUGAAGAGCAACAGUGAGACGGAGACUCUGUGUUCUGACGUGGAGGCUCAGGAGUUGAUGCGGGAGUCUCAGGUCUGCCUGCUGUCGCUGAGCUCAGUGGAGCUGGCCAAUCAGCUGUCAUCACGCAACUACCUGCUCUUCUCCAGCAUCCAACCUGUGGACUACAUCACCGACCUCUUCAAGCUCCGCCCUGUCACUGAUACGGCUCGCAGCCUACGCCGAUUUGAGGACCUUAUCAACCAGGAGACCUUCUGGGUUGCCACGGAGAUAGUUAGGGAAUCCAACCAGCUGCGCAGGGCGAAGGUCAUCAAGCAGCUCAUCAAGGUGGCAGCACGCUGUCGAGAGGUCAACAACUACAACUCCACCUUCAACAUCAUCAGUGGGUUGAAUCUGGCCCCUGUGUCUCGCCUGAGGGGAACAUGGGAAAAGCUACCUGCUAAGUAUGACAAGUUGCUGUCAGAGCUGCAGACUGUGUUUGACCCAUCGCGCAACAUGGCCAAGUACCGCAGCCUGCUUAACACACCCACACACACUCUCCAGCCGCCCGUCAUCCCUCUCUUCCCCGUCAUCAAGAAGGACCUCACCUUCCUACAUGAAGGGAAUGACUCAAAGGUUGAUGGUUUGGUGAACUUUGAGAAGCUGAGAAUGAUCGCCAGAGAGAUCAGACACGUGGGCCGCAUGGCCACAGUAUACACAGAUCCCACGCUCCUGUACAGAACCAGGAAAAAGAAGUGGAGGAGUCUGGGGUCCCUGAGCCAGACAGGUAGCUCGACGGUGCUGGACAUGGCUAUGAUUGGCCAAAAGAAGCGUGGCAGGCGGGGCUCCUUCCUGAGUGCCAAGCGUCUGUAUGAGGAGGAUCUGAUGAUCCGCCGCGUGCGCCAGUAUCUCACCGCGUACGUGCACAUAGUCCAGAUCGACGAGGAGCUCCUGCACACGCUCUCUCUGCAGUCUGAGCCCGCCGCACAACCAGUCAAGAGAGAAGGAGAGAGAAGGGCUGUGGAAUCCUCACCGGCCACGCCCCGAAGCCCCACCCCUCAAGCCUCACACACACACCUGACCCGAAGGAGGUCCUCAAAUAAAGAAAUGUUUGGUGCCAAGUCCCCACAGCCCCUGCAGAAGAUGCUGAACCACUCUGAAGAGGGGCGGACUCAGCCGAAGAGGCAGGCAGAGGACAGCCAAUCAAACGCUUCGUCACUGCUCUCCUCUCCACCUGUUUCACCACAGAGCCCACCACGCAGAGGUGUGUACACAGCCUCAGAUGGGGAUCAGUACAGCCUCCUCAGCGCGUCCUCUUGUGACCUGAUGGAUGACGUGCGAGGCCCCCAUCCCCACGUGCACAUAAACAUGCCGGCACACACACAAUCAGCCAGCAACAUACUCGCUACAGCCAGACCAGAGCCUGACCAGAUUAGCCUGGGCUCGUACUCUCUGUCUCAGGAUCAGUGUGAUCGCGCCUCACUGGACGCUGCUGACAGUGGACGGGGAAGUUGGACUUCCUGCUCAAGUGGUUCCCAUGACAACAUCCAGAGCAUCCCGCAGAGGUGUUGGGACGCAUUGUCCGAGGGAACAGCAGCUGGUCGGGGCUACUGGGCCGCACCCACCGGUUACUGGGGAGAUGAGCUGGAGGGGGAGACGGGAACUAUCAAACGCCGUGGCAACAAGCCUGUCAUAGGUCACAGAGAAGGGCGUUUCCGUGAGCCCCCGCCCACCCCACCAGGCUACACGCCGUUGGCUGACGUCAGCUAUAACCCGCCCCCCGGACGACGUCCCCCAGACUACAAUGCUGCACUGCAGAGGUCACGCCUUCUCAAGAGAACAUGUGACUCUCCAGGGCCAAUGGGGGUUCAGCAUGUCGGCCACACCCACCGGCAGGCUCCGCGUCCACCUCAGGGGAAGGAAGCAGAGGGGGAGCAGGUGUCGGCGGUAUGAGGGUCCCUCUGAAGCUGGGGCAGUAUAUGUAGCAGAGGAGGAAGGCGGGAGGGAGGAUUCUUUGGCACUUUGGACGUUAAACAGGGACCUGCUUAAGCCUCUGUUGCAGUAUGCCGGAGCUGCCAGACCCUUUCCAGUCUUCGGGAUCACACGUCACUGAACCGCAGACUUACAGGCCAACUGUCAGUUCAUCGCCUUGGAAACAGUGUUAUUAUCCCAUUUCAGCAUGGCUACCGUCAGGGUCAAAUACAGGUUACACUGACCCAGUGUGGUAGUGUUGAUUUGUGUGAAUGUGUUUUUGUUUUUGUGUUGCUGUGUGUGUGUGUGUGUGUGUGUUGAGCUGCAUUCAUGGUCAGUUGCAGUUUAUUCUCAUCUGAAGAUGAGACUGAUUGACUUAACCAACCGUGUGUGUGUGUGUGUGUGUGUGUGUGUGUUUGCGUAUGGUCUUCCUUUGGGGAAGACAUUGGUGGAAAGGAGAUUUGUGUGUUCCCUUUCUGCUCCUCAUCCUUUGAAGAAAGCGUGAAGGAGGAGGCUGGAGAAAAAGAGAAGAUGGAAAGAGCUCAUGGAUGUCCUGAGAAUGAAGCAGACAGAUGUUGCCCAUCUGUCAGCUGAUCAGUAUUACACCAGCACAAUAUUUAAAAAGUCCUCAAGCCAAAAUUAACGUUUUAAAGAUUUUAUAGUCUUUUUUACCAUUUCAAUGCCAUAAUCAGUGUUCAGGUGUUUGUUACUCUGUGAAAAAAAAAUAUUUUAAGUCUUGUUUUUAGGCAAAGAUCAUUCAAAAAUAUUGCACACCUUUGCUCUGACCUUUUUGUAAAAUGUACCUGCAAAUGCUAAGACUAUGAAAUGGGACUAAUGUCGAACAGUGUGCGUGUGCGUGUGAUUGUGUGCGUGUGUGCACUCGCAUGUGCAAGGUGCGUGUGUUUAUGUGUCUGUUUUUAAUUCCCUCUAUUUUCCUGUAUAUCCCACAGCAGACUUAUUUUUAUGUCUUUCACAAAGACAAUCCCAGUGUUCUUUAUCCCUGUGGAUAUAUAUGAAGACAGGGUCCAUAUUUGUAAAUAGUCACCUUAUUUUUUGUCAGAGAUUAUAGAUGUAAAAUCUGGUCAUGCUAAAUAUUCCAGAGUCCUCUGGGACAAAAUAAAUGCUAUAGCCAUA